AUUGUGUCGUUCAACAAAAAGCAGUAAUAGAACCAACUCAUUGUUUGAACACCGGCACAAAAACAUGGUUCAGUUCAUUCUGUAAACUUGGUAUUAUGUGGUAACAUUCAAUUUCAUUGCAUAUUUUGUAAGAGGUUUUUAAUAAAUGAAUAAGUAUGUUUAUUUUGUAAUGAAACUCCGUAUAAAUAUACUGCAAUGUUAACAACAAUGUUAUUAAAUAAGAAUGUUAUUAAAUGAUAUGUAAAUUUUAAUGGCUCUCAGUCUAAAAAGCAUAAAAGCCAUCAGGCUUUUGUUAGUAGUGUCCCUUUUUCCGUUCUGUAGGAGUCAUGGCAGCACUACAUACGAAUGUGGACCACACGGAAGGUUUGAAUAUUGCAUCGAUGGCAUCCCAGGAUGCGUUAUAGGAUGCCAUUGUCAUCCUGGAUAUUACUUUGAUACCGACACCAAAGUAUGCGAACCUAAUAUAAAAUUAACGCAGGAGUUCAGAAGAAGUUACCUACCGGAGCCGACGAGGAUCCAAAAUUCGAUGUACGAUUCUCACAUAGUCACGACUGACCUAACUCCCACAGUGACGAAUCAAGUUGAUGCAAAGAUCGAUGAAAUUGCUAAAGAUGCGGAUGACCUAGGUGAUUGGUUAUAUAAUCAGUUUUUUAAAACGAUUGAAAACCAAGUCAUCAAUAGUACCAGUGACAACGAACCAGUAUUAACCAGAAGAAGUGGUGUCGAACUUAAAAGAAAAUCCAAACGUAGGAGUCGUAAACGCUGGAAGAAACUAAGUAAAAAGUCAAAACAUAAAAAGAAAGGUUUAAAAAGAAAACUACUACGAAUUACCGAAGAUGAUAGCUUAUUUGACAGCAGUUCAGGCUCUACUUCUGAUGAGGAUAGCAGCUCUAGUUCUAGUGAAAGCGAUACAGACACUUCAUCUGACAGCAAUAGAAGUGACAAAGAUCAUGGACACAAAAAAAUUAUUAUCUUUAAUAAAAAACCGAAACCACCGUUGCCAUCAUUCAUAUUUCUACCAAACAUGGAUACUCCAUUCUAUCCACCAAUUGGUCUACCACCUCCACCAGUCAUCCCUAUGUAUCCAUUCGUGCCUGUACCUCCGGUUGCGCCUAAUUUUCCCUAUUCAGGGUUUACAGAAUCAAGUGACAAAGCUGAAACAAAUACAAGCACGACAGCAUCACCAUCACCAUUACCUGCUACACCUAGUACGAAACCUGAUAGCAAUGGUGGAACUACAACAACUACGGUUACAAGUAGUGUUGAUAAUGUGUCUACUCCGGAAUCAGCAUCGAGUACACCAGCUACGGAGGAUGAACCCGCCACUGAUAAACCUAGCUUUAGAUCAAGAGACUCGUCUCUGUAUGGAAAAAUAUUAAAUUCUAAAAAUAAACAAGCCCAACGAAACAAAUUAUUGCAGAAAUUGAAAGACAAAAUAAAUCGAAGAAAUAAAUUCAACCAAAUGAGACAAUUCACGGAUGACUAUCUAGAUACGGAGGAACCACUGAUAGGUCCUCUACCAAAAUCCAAUUUUGGUAGACAAUUGCAAUCAAAUGCCAUUGAAGAAGAAAUGCCUAUGGAAGACGUUGAUUUUAAAUAUCUCACCGAAUUAAUACAUAGAGUCGAUUUUAAUAACACACGUAAGCCACCCCAAUAUCCAAUAAAUGUUAAAAUUCCUGUAGUGGGACGAAGAAGCUUCUAUACCGAUCAGAAUAUUUUACCUGGAUCUAUCCCAACGUACCUGACUGAAGGACCUCAUCGGACAAGGACUAAAGAACCCGAUAAUACGUAUUAUUCUAACUUAGGCAGACAGAUAGCUGCAAUGAUAAGAAAAAUAGAUACAAAUGGUGAAAGACAAAUUGACAUAGAAGUAGAGAAACAGAAUUCACAAAUACCAGGACAUCCCGUGUUCAAUGAAAAUAAUUAUGCCUCUCGAACAUUUUGGGAAAGAUCUGUUCGAUCACCAUUAACAACCUAUUUUGAGCCACGUGAUUCUAAGUUUACUUACUUAAAUCAUAGUAAUGAAAAUCUUUUCAACCUAGAAAAUAUUGUUGAAGUGGCAGUUACCACAAACCCACCCUUGAGCCUCCAGGAAAUAGAAAAUAUUAUAAACAAAAUGGAACAUUCGAAACCGACAGUUAAAAAGCCGAAUAAUUCAGUAAUAACAAUGCCAUCUAGAAAGUCAUUAAACGUAGAUUUGUUGAUUACAAAUCCAAAGACUAAGAGUUGGAACAGAAAUAUAAAAUCUAACGUGAGUACUGUAACGUACGAAAAUAUACCACCGCGUGACAAUUUUUACCGCUUCCUGAUAAAUAAUGACCGAAAGCCUACAUUAUCUACAUUCGUUCCCACUAUCAAAACAAAUAGCUACAAAGGUCCACUUGAUACUCAUAACAAAAAACCAACUAGAAAACCACAAACAUUUAACGAUAACGCAUUAAAAAUCCCAAUGAUGGGUUACAUAAAAUUCAUAAAUAAUCUACCUACAUUAACAACAACCAAGAGGCCAGUCGUGCACAGGUUAAAUCCUGUACCAUAUCAUACGAAUGGCAAUAGCAAUCGUAAGAUAGCUAACUAUUUCACUAACAGCAAGCAAUACGUGUACGAGGGAACAGUCUACCCAUACUUUUCAACCAUCUUAGGAAAAUAUAAUCAACCCGUAGCUAGACCUUCUAAACCAUCGUACUUUCAUCAUGAAUUACAUCAUUUUGACUAUUUUGAUGAAUGAUAUUAUCUCAUGUUUGUCUGAAAAUUAAAUGUUAGAAAGUAAAAUAUUAUUUACGAACAGAAUAU